AGAGAGAGAAUGGCUCAUGCUGCAGUAUAUUCGGUUAAGUCGGCAAUGAUGGAGCUUGAGAGCAAUUCAGCAUUCAAAAAACAUUCUUCUGAAAGCAUCUCUUUAGAUGACUUUAACUCAUUUCUCGAGGCAAUCGAGCUCCUUCCUAGCCACAACUUAGUUGAUGCGGCCGCUUCCGAAAGACGAGUCAAAGAUGCAGCCCAACAACUCAUAGAUCUGAUCGACUCCCAUGUAUCGGAUCUCUUACUACUUUCCGAUCAUCAAUCUGAAAGCAUCUCUUCAGAUGAUUAUAUCGGUUUCACUUUCUCCUUCUCCCAACAACUAUCAGAACUCAAACAAGAACUCAGUUCGUUUCUCACAGCUUUGAAGAUCACUGAACAACAACAACAACAACAACAACAACAACAACAACAACAACGAAAGAAGUCUUCUUCUGAUUAUAACAGCAAUGGGAAACAACAAGAUCUGGUGGGACUGUAUGGCGAAAUAAAAGUACUAAAAGAAUGGAUUCAGCAUCCCUAUUCCAGUCUCUUGGUUACAACAAUUGCGGGCAUGACCGGGAUCGGUAAGACUACUCUCGUUAAACAUGUUUAUAGCGAUCCAUGUGUUGUAGAUGGGUUCGAAACUCGUGUAUUCGUGCACAUCGGCCCACGCUAUAGUCAACUGGAAGAAAUUAUGCUGCUUGUUCUCAAUCAACUCGGCGUCGUCUUUCCCACCUCUGAUGAACUACUUCACGAAAACGUAGACUAUCUGAGAAAUCAAUUGUCGGAGGCUUUAUCUGGUCAAAAGUAUCUAAUUGUGUUAGACGACGUGUGGACUGAUACUGAUGUCUGGAAUCGUAUGCGGUUUAAUAGUUUCCCAGAGUACGAAAAAGGAAGCCGCAUCAUCAUCAUAUCUCAGAUCCAAAGCUUAGAUUACUCCAUGCUUGAAAACCAAUGGAUUAUCCCAUUACCAUUGUUGAACGACGACGAUAGUUGGAAGCUACUUCACCAGACGGCAUUUUCUAGUGGAUACCAAUGUAGCUCAGAACUUGAGAAAAUCGGAAAGAAGAUCGCCAGAAACUGCCAAGGACUCCCUGCGGCAAUUAUACAGGUUGGAGAGAACCUACGUGGAAAAUUGGUCCAAGAAUGGAAGACAUUAUCAGAAAAUGAAGAUCCACUCGUCAUCACAAGAAAUGACGAUACACCCCUCUCAAAGGCACUAUAUUUUAGUUACAUGAUGUUGCCUCAAUAUCUAAAGGUAUUCUUUCUGUAUAUGGGUGUGUUCCCAAAAAAAUAUCUGAUUUCUCGAACCAUGCUCAUCAAAUUAUGGGUUUCUGAGGGUUUUCUUAGUUUAAAUCCAUCUUCUGAAGAAUUUGUCGGGAUUUACUUAGAUCUACUUAUUUGCCGAAAUGUUGUUUUGAUAGAAAAGAAGGCAUCUGUAAAUAUGAAUACAACUAAGAACUGUAGUAUGCAUUUCACCUUUCGGAGUCUAUGUGUUAAUGAAGCUAAGAGUGAAAAGUUUUUCCAUGUCCUUAGAAAAUACACUGAUUGUAAGCCAGAGAACAUCAAAAGCCAUCAGCGUUUGUGUGUCCACAAUAACGUUGUCCUUGCUUUCAAAGAAGUUCAUGAGUGGAUGGAGUUUGUUCCAAAUACACGAUCUCUUCUUUGUUUCGGUCCAAAACAACAAUAUCCAAUAGGGUUGCCCUUGUGUUUUAGAUUGCUCAGGAUACUAGAUGCACUUGCAGUCCGCUUCUACGAGUUCCCACAUCAAGUGUUUCCAUUAGUUCAGUUAAGGUACCUUGCCAUCACGUGUGACGGAGAGCUCCCCAACUCCAUAUCGAAACUUUUGAACCUCGAAGUCUUGAUUUUCGGUCGGCAUCUGAACAUCAAAUUGUCGAAAAAUGGUCCGGCUUAUCUACCUAUAGAGAUAUGGAAACUGUUUAAACUGAGGCAACUUUAUUGCAUGGGCUUUGAUCUGCCAACUCCUCCACCUUCGGAUGGUUCUCAUCCGGUUCUUGAAAAUCUUGUUACACUUUCAGGUGUGAGUGUUCACAGUUGUACCAAGGAAGUUCUUUCAAGGAUUCCCAAUCUAAAGAGAGUAGCCGUUCAGAUUGAGUCGGCACACGAUUCAGUCGAAACCUUCAGUUUUUUCAGUCAAUUUACGUCGCUCUAUCAAGAAUUUGAGUCAUUCAAAUGCGUUGUUGUAAAUCCUAAUCUCAGUUCCCAGAUUGUUCAUUGUGUUCCGAAUUUUCCUGUGAACAUUAAGAAGAUAAGUCUGAGUGGAUGUGGAUUUCCGUGGAAGAAAAUUGAAGUGCUUUCGGCAUUGCCGAAUCUUAAAGUGCUCAAACUGCGAUGGUAUGCCUUUUGCGGGCCCGUUUGGAAAAUCAGUGGCGCAGAAUUCCCCGCACUUGAGUUUUUGCUGCUGGAAGACUUGGAUAUAGAACAAUGGGAAUUCGAGGGUGGAGACAUGCGUUAUAUGCAUAGGGUUAUCGUUAGGCAUUGCUACAAACUAAAAAGUUUUCCGGAUAACUUGAUAUUUACCGAUCUAGUAGAGGUGGAUGAUUGCAACUUAUCUUUUAUGAAGAAAAUCCGCCGGACGAUGUUCGUGUCUGGUGAACCUAAAAUCAGUUCGUCAAUUACACCUCAGUUGAAUUGA